CCAGAGAGCUGUGGUAUUCAUCCAUUCAUCUCUCUUCUUGUCUCUCGGCCACAGGCAGGAUUCAGGUCCAGUCAGGAUGGCAGAGAAAAAGAUGUCGACGAGCAGGAGGAAUCACCUCAAGAGCUUGUUGCUGCAGAUCGGUGAGGCGAUGCUGGAGGAGGAGGCCCGGGAGGCCGAGAAAGAGAAGAUGAAGCACAUGGAGGAGAGCUGCCCGGCCAUCACCAUCCCAGGCUGCAUGCAGGAGCUCCAGGAGCUGUGCCGGAAACUUCAUAAGCAGAUUGAUUUGGUGGAUGAGGAGCGAUAUGACUUGGAGAUCAAAAUGAAAAAGUCCAACAAGGAGAUCGACGACCUGAAGCUGAUGGUUCAGGAUCUGAAGGGGAAGUUUAAAAAACCUGCCCUGAAGAAGGUGCGGAUGUCGGCCGAUGCCAUGCUGGCCGCUCUGCUGGGCUCCAAACAUAAAGUGUCCAUGGACCUGAGAGCCAACCUGAAGCAGGUCAAGAAGGAGGUGAAAGAGGAGGAGAAACAAACAGGUGACUGGAGGAAGAACAUUGAAGACAAGGCCGGAAUGGACGGCAGGAAGAAGAUGUUUGAGACAGAAGCUUGAACGUCAGUGUGUUGUUCUGUUUUCAGUUUUAACGUCUGCAUCAUUCAUUUCUGUGUUUUAUGUGA